AUGCUGGAAGAGAACAGCCUUGAGAGUGCCUACUAUAUGUCAAAUCAUUUUAAGGACCGCUUGAGAGGUGCAAAAAAAGACAUGAGAAUUACUGGGCAGAAAAGGUCUGUUCCAGCUUCUGCCCAGGGUCCCAGCGGUGCUGCAGGGGCUGCAGGGCCCCCUCCUGCCACCAAUGUGUCCAGCAACAAGAGGCUGCAGCAGACACAAGCCCAGGUGGACGAGGUGGUGGACAUCAUGAGGAUGAACGUGGACAAGGUGCUGGAGAGGGACCAGAAGCUGUCAGAGCUCGACAACCGGGCAGAUGCAUUGCAAGCAGGUGCCUCACAGUUUGAGACCAGUGCAGCCAAACUGAAGAGGAAAUACUGGUGGAAAAAUUGCAAGAUGAUGAUCAUCCUUGGUGUAGUAUGCGCAGUCAUUCUCAUUAUAAUUAUAAUUUAUUUCUCCACUUGAAAAAGCAAAGAAGGAAGACUUGGCACAACUUUGUUCAUAUCAACCGACGAUAUCAGUGUUCCUUUGUUGAACUCCGCUUUUUAAUUCCCGGUGUCUUGGGAUUUUUGCUUGUAAUAACCCAUAAGCAUUCAGUGUGGUGUAUUUUGGAAUUCUGUUGUUUCCACAAGAAACUGUACCAGCUAAAUACUGCCAAGUAGUUCCAUACACUGUCUAAUCACCGUGUCUUAAAAUGUGUACGCACUGACCUUCAGAAACUGUAGUAUAUGAAAAGCAUCCUAAAACAUCUCAGAAUCAGAGAAUGCAGCUGUGGGGGAGCUCCUGUUUAAAGGGACACUGUCAGGUGGAUUGGACCCAAAUCUAAGGUUGCAGCAAAUAAAAGGACCAAAAUUCUCCAUCUGAGCUCCUGGAGUUGGAUGGCAAAAUCCAUUGUCAGAUGUAUCUCUUACUCCCACUGAAGAGAGUGUUAAAUAUAGUAUUCAUGUAAGAUAUCAUAUUUCAAUUUAGCCAAUCAAACACAGACUUUUUUGAGAUUAGAUGUAGAAUCCAAGUCUAAAAACGUUGUCCGCAGAAAAUAAAUUAAGACUGGUUUAUCAUCUUUCAUGCGUUUAAUUUUUUUCCGUAUAGGAAAACACCUCAUGGUGUUCUGAACAACGAAGAUGGCCUCAAUAUGAAAGCCAGAAAAAAAAACAAACUGGUAUGAUAAAAAGCAUUAGUUAGCACAGCCCUGAAAAAGCCAAGGGAAAUGCAGAAGUGGUAAUGCAAGCAUCACAAUGACUCAGGUACAGUCUCCUGCUGAAAACUCGAGGCACCAUUUGUCAGGUUUCAUGGGACAUCUCUUGAAUACCAAUUCCCAAUUAUUAGGCCCUGACUUAAAGCCCAUGGGCGGCGUUGGUGAUGUCUGUGGCUGCCCAGCUCUGUUGGAGGAAGCUGCCUCUGCAGCAGCGUGCAGAAAUGGUCCCCACUGCCAGGAUGGUUCAAAAAUCAGGAAGAAGGGAGGGGGGAGCAGUGGGGAGAGGCUGAGAAAGGGAAGGGUGCCUAACAAAGCUUUCCUGGAGGAGAGGAAGGAACAGAAACACUGUUCAAAAUAGUGGUGUUAAUAGGCUUAAAAAAUAUAUAUAUAUUUUAAUUUGUGCAUGUGGACAGUUCAUAAACUAUAGUGUCAUCUUUGUAAAGUGCUCAUCUGAGAUACCAAUUACACUCAAUUAAUUUAAAUUAGCAUUUAAAUUAGCAUUUGAUGUAAUUAGUAAUUAAAAGAAAUUAUAUAUUAUGGCUUGAGAGGAAGUUACUGUAUGCUCUUGUGAAUUUCUUGUUUCUUUCUUUUUGAAACAGUGAAUAGUUUAAUCAUCCUUAACCAAACUAAAAAUGAAUUAAUCAAAUUUUGAGCCAGGAAAUUCAGAAAAGGCUCUUCUUAGGAUAACUCUCUCAGAAUUUCGAAAAAGAGUUCAUGGAAUUAAAAAAAUAAUAAUUUGAUGGGUUGGGGGUUUUUGUCUGCAAUUUAAUUGGAGAAUAGAAACAGUGAUAAUAGUAGUGUAAACAUUCCCGUUGUGGAGUAUCUCUCUUGACAUGGUUUUAUUUUUAAAAAAUGGAGAGCCUGACCAGUUUGUUGCUGUGAAUCUGUAUAUAAAUUGUGCUGAAGUAGAAUUUUGCAAAUGAUGAUGAUCAACUGAAAGGUUCCAGUUGCAUUUUUCCCUAAAGAUUUAUCACUUUAUAAUCACAUGUACUGCUUCAUAUCAUUAAGUCAUAAGUAGCCCCCGUCUUAAUGAAGCAGAAUAUUCAAAGUUACUGGUGUGAUACUCCCUGGUUUGCCCUGAUCACUUCAGCCCUUCAGCUGGGUGAGAGCACAAACAAUUCUGAAAUCCUCAUGGGCUGGACAAAAAUCGUAGCAGUGAUGAAAGGCUGACUCCAUGAGGUGACACAGCUGGGGGCUGUGUAUAAAUGAGCUUUCACUGGUAGAGGAACGAGCCAUCCAACUUCAGGAGCCUUUUCAAACUGCUAAGAUAACUGGAUAGCUGACAUGGAGGAAUUAGCUGAGAGUGAGACCCUACCACCCACACCCCUGUUGAGCCUGGUGUCCUCACAGGGCUUCUCUACUGAACAGAGUCAUGAGAUGAGGAUGGCUUUUGCUGGAGCUGGUGCAAUCAGGAAGGUGAAAUGCUGAUACUGAGCCUUAAUGCAGAUGUUCCUUCUCCUCUGGGAGGCUGAACUGAUACUCAGCUGAUAGGACAGCAAAUACACAUUAAAGAGUUUGAAUCCUCUAGCUACAAACCCACAAAGUUCCCAAGUGAAACUGCAGUGGAAGUGCUACAAGGAUACAAAGCUCACAUCCUCCCAGCUAAUGUAGUUCAAGCAAGUUAAUAAUCAAAUAAUACCUUUAGGUGAGAGCAGAGAAUAGGAGCUGCUUUUUGUGGAAUGUGGAAUGUAACUAAUGCGGAUGACUGCUAAAUAUAAGUGAGAAUUUGCAAGGAAGAGUUAAGGAACCUGCCUUCUAGUGGGUUGUAGAAUGUUUGUGAAGAGACUAUUUCCUUCUGUGUGGUAACAAAAUACAGCAAAUUAAUGUGUUUAACUUUUCAAAGUUGUUUGCCCACAGUGUUCUUGUGAAUGCUCAAUGUUUGCUACUACUUGUGCUGUGGUGGUUGGUUGUAAUUGGUGAGAUAAGCCAUGUAACCUUUCUAAUUCAGCCCAGGAAGCAUGAACAAGUGUGUCUUUCCCUGGUGCACAGGGAGCUCAGCUGCUCUUGCAGAGGGUUGCACCUUCAGCAGGGAGGAUACGGUAAAACAGGACUGUUCAGGGUCACAGACUGCACAGCAGCAUCACGUAUGUGCAGGCUGGUGCAGAGCACAAUCUGUGUACACACAGCUGGAGAUCUUUCUUGUGCUGGGACCAGGAUUGAUUGCUUUCCACUCACUGCUUCUACAUCCGAAAUGUCCGUGCAGGUACAGCUGCCUGCCUGUAAACUUCCCAUGGAAAGCUGAAGUCAUUCUUGUUGGGUCACCACCAAUGAGAAUUUCAGCUCCUGCUCUGCCCCACUAACGCUGCCUUGACCCUUCCCUUGGGCCGGUAGAACAUCACACAAGGUUUCCUUUUAGUGACCCCUUGGCAAACCCUCAGAGGACCCCAAGGCCAUUGCUUUCUGACUUUGGGGACCAAACUGCAGCCUCUUCUGGCUGGAAGCAAUGCUUUGGAUAACUUUAUCCAGAAUUAGACAUUGUUUGAGAUCUGCAUAUUCCAUCCUUACAAGAAGCUCCUCCUCUGCUUUCUGGAGCACAGCUGUACAUCCCAGAGGCCCUGCAGCAGGAGAUGCCCUUCACACACAGCACACCUGAAAGGAAGGGUGUUGCAUUUUAGGCUGUGGGUGAGUGGUGAAAAGGGUAAUGCAGCAUAGUUCCUCAUGCAAUGGAGAAGCAAAAGAGAGACAGAGCUUUAUUUAAAGAAACACUACACUUAUAUAGGGUAGUAUGUGA